AGACUGUUUUCGAGCUGACGGCGGGCGGCGACGAGGCGGGGUCGACAUGGAAGUGAAGGAUGCCAAUUCUGCUCUGCUCAGUAACUACGAGGUGUUCCAGUUACUGACUGAUCUGAAAGAGCAGCGUAAAGAGAGUGGAAAGAAUAAACACAGUUCUGGGCAACAGAAUUUGAAUACUAUCACCUAUGAAACGUUAAAAUACAUAUCAAAAACACCAUGCAGUCACCAGAGUCCUGAGAUUGUCAGGGAAUUUCUCACAGCAAUGAAGACCCACAAGUUGACCAAAGCUGAAAAACUUCAGCUGCUGAAUCACAGGCCUAUGACUGCUGUUGAGAUCCAGCUGAUGGUGGAAGAGAGUGAAGAACGGCUCACGGAGGAGCAGAUUGAAGCACUCCUCCACACUGUCACAAGCAUUCUGCCCGCAGGGCCAGAGGAAGAGCAGCAGAAAACUGCCGACGUGACGAUGGAGGAAGAGGACCCCGCAUAGAAGAGCCCAGCUGGGCCAAGCAUCUCAUGACGUUGGAAGGCCCAGCAGCCGUUUUUCAGGCACAGAGGAUUGUUUGUUUAGUUUUACCCUAGCCCCAACAGACCUGAUUUAAUGGUUAGUUGGGUAAAUCACA